AUGGCCGUAGCCCCUUCCAACGAGCUUCUACACCAUGUCAGCCCCCAAUAUGACACCCCCGACGCCCUUGCCUCGCCUGCUCCCGACAAGCGCAUUCCCGACAUGGCAGCCGCGACCAGCGAUGCGUCGGCCAUGCCUGCCCUCGGCGGCGAGAAUCCACCGGCCAGCCACGACCUGAUGAACAACACCCUCACCAACGGACUGCGCCUUCUCGACACCCCCAUCGACUUCGCGCAGUCCAACAACCUAAAUGGCGCCGACAUGAGCGGCAUGCCCAUGGACAUGAAUUCCGCCUAUCCACCCAUGGAGUCCUUCGGCAUGAUGCCGCCCACCACCACCAACGAGCGCCUCACAGCCUUUGCGCGUCUGCGCUUCGAUGACGGCUCCUACUACAUGCACACCUACCAGAUCACCCUGGGCCGCAACCUCGAUCUCGCGCAUAGAGACAUGAAGCGCCUCAUCAAGGCCGAGGCACUACACAAGAAGGGUCACGUCAAGGCCGCCAACGAACACCUGCAUGGCUUGGAUGAGGUCAACGGAAAGAAGGACAAAAAGAAGAAGAAGAAAGGCGAUCGGCGUGGUGCUCGCAGUGUCAUCUCCGAGAAGGGUGGCAUUCUCAGCGCCCCCAUCGAGUCGAUGCCCAUGGAAUACCAGCAGCGUCGCCAGAGCAAUGCAUCGCACUCUCUCAGCUCAAAUUCACACCCCACGGGCGAGUCAGGCGAGGAGAAGCCUGCCGAACGCGCGCCGCAGGACAUGAUCAUGCAAGCCUUCCCCGAAGUGCCUGCCCAGUUCGACGGCCAUGUCCCCGAAGACCCGAACGACUGUCCGUUCGUACCUAUACAUCCACAGCAGAUCAUGGCCAAGACAGGCUCACUGGGACCCAAGGGCAUAUCACGAGAACACGCCAAGAUCUUCUUCGAUUUCGACGCGGGCCACUUCUGCAUCAAAGUGCUGGGCAACAACGGCCUGCACCACGAAGGCGAGUUCUAUCCCCGGGGAGAGACUAUACCUUUGGACCAUGGUGAUCAUCUGCAGCUCGGCGCUGUCAACAUACACUUCUUCCUCCCCGACGUUGCCCUCACGGAGCAGCAACGCCACCGCCAGGAGUCGGGCUCACGUCCCAUGAGUUUCUCUUUCGAGAAUGGAAACGGUCAACUGGAAAGCGAUGAGCACAUCAGCUCCGAGAGCGAAGACCAGCAGAGCGUCAACCCACGACAUGUCUACUACCACCAUCCUGUCAGUGACAGCGACGACGACGAUGGCCUCGCUGACGAGGAAAUGGACGAUUACGAGGAGCCUGCUCCGAAACCGCGCCAGAAGACAAGUCUCAAGCUUAAAAUCAAGAACUUGCCUCCCGCUCCUUCGAAGGAGAGCAAAAAGGCGCACAAGAGGAAGCAUCAGCACCGCGAACUCACGCCUGAAGAGCCGCCAACAAAGAAGGUCAAGCUCAAAGUCAAGGAUACAGCGAAGCUCAAAGAGGCGAUUCGGGAGUCCGCGAAGGAGCCCAAGGUCCAGAAGGAGCGCAGAGAGCCGAAGGAACCAAAGGAACCCAAAGAGAAGGAAGUGGCUGUACCUGAAGAACCCAAGAAGCCUAAGGAACCCAAAGAGCCCAAAGAAAAGGGCAAAGCUCCAGCCAAGACCCCCGCGAAGGCACCUAUCAAAUCUGAGACGCCAGUCGAGGAGCCCGUCAAGGACAUUCCCGCGGCUCCAAAGCCCGAACAACCAAGCAAGCCUCCGCCGAACGAUACUGCACCGGUACUACGCAAGCCACACGAAGGCGAACUUGAAGCCGGAGGAGAUAUCGAUGGCCUCAUUACCGAAGAGAUGGCCAUCCAGCACAACUUGCCACGGAACCUGAUUGGACAUGUUGUCGAGAAGCGCAAAGGACCUGGCAGACCACCCAAAGACGGCAUCAUGUCCAAGCGCCAGCGCUCGCAACUUAUCAAACAAGCAAAGGAUAUUGAGAGGGCCAGAGCCGCUGGCAUUGACCCUGCUGAUAUCCCAAUACCGAUCAGCAAGCCAAAGGCACCCAAGCGCAAGGAAUCGAACGCUGGCGACGGCGAAGACGACGCCGUUAUCGAGACGACAGAACAGGGCGAUGGUGGCUUGUCCGGCCUCCACAAGCAGGCGAAACCAAUCAGACCACCUCGAACUCCUUCGCCUGAGAUGCGCAUCGAAGACUACUCCGAAGAACAGCUUCAGCGCCCCACGGCCAACUAUGUCGUCUUGAUUCAUGAGGCAAUCUCGUCGUCCCCGACGGGCCAGAUGAACCUUCAAUCCAUCUAUACUUAUAUAGAGCGCAAGUAUCCCUGGUACAAGUUCAAGACUACGACCAGCGGCUGGCAAUCGAGUGUACGUCACAACCUCGGUCAGCAUGAUGCGUUCAUGAAAGGCGACAAAGAGGGCAAGGGCUACCUCUGGAGAAUCAACCCGGAAGUCUCGAUCGAAAAGGAGCGCAGAAAGAGGCAGGCCAGUCCUCCGCUCAACCAUGCCCCGCGACCACCGUAUUACCAACCACCAAACGGCUAUCAGCCGUACCCUCAGCCUGGGUACGGAUACCACCCGGGCAUGCCUCAUGCGAUGCCACAGCCACCUCCCAGACUGCCGCCUAGCCUUUCGCAGCCUCGCUUACCACCCAGCAUGACUCGCAACGAAGGUAACUCAGCUGCGUCGGCCACGCCCCAGAACGCGCCCCAUCCCUCGCCUUACGCUUCUCCUUGGGGCGGCGGUGGUAAUACAGCUGGAAGUCCACCCGCCCCGAACCCUCCACGACCGUAUCCGCAGCCUAACCCGCAGGCUCCACCAGCAUCUUCAGCAGCUGGUUCAAGUGGUCAAUAUGGCGUCCUCUAUCCCACGGCCGCCCCACAACAGUCGCCGUACAGCGGACCCUCGGCACCGAGCCCUUACGGUGGGCCAUAUGCCAAUGCCGGCGCCAGCCCGUAUGGUCCUGCACCGCCUCGUCCCUAUGCGGCAUAUCCCCCACAGGGCCAGCAGUCGAAUGCUCCUUCGGCGUCGCAGCCGCAAUCUUCGGCAUCACCUUACGGCCCGCCCCCGCCUCAGCCACCCUCGCGUCAAGGUUCGACAAAUGAUAUUGCGGCGCCUCAUCCGUCUGGACGUUACCCAAUCGGGGUUCAUCCGGAACUCAUUCGUCAGCUUGAAGCCUAUAGGAAGACUUAUCUUGAGCAGUGCCUAGGCCCCGAAGAGCAAAAGAAGGUGGACAACGCGAUUAGAGCUUGCGUGGACAGGACUGUACCUGAGUCGACUUUGACGGAACCUGAGCGUAAGUUGCUCAUAUCCAUUUGCGGAGUCGAGAGCAUCAACAAGUACGUCAAAAGGGCACCUGAUGUCAAGGAUGAAGACGAAGCAAGUACUGCGGCAGCCUUUGCUGCUGCGGGUGCUGCCGCGAACACUGUGUCUCAGCAAUACCAGCCUCCGCCCCAAGCUGCACAUCCGACAGGCAGUGCGUCUCCAGCUCCGCUACGCGAGAAUAGCGAACCGCACAAAUUUACGCCAAAUAUGACCGGUGCAUCACCAUCUACGCCUACGGCCGCUACACCAUCAACUGCGGCACCAGCGCCUCCCGUAGCCGCUAUGCCUUCGCAUCGCCCGAGCGUCGAGCCGAUCACGCCAGUUCCUGGGUCACCAGCAGUUCAAACGGGUACCCCGAUGCGGCGUCCAAUGACCGAGUUGACCGCAGACAACACACCAGACGCGGACGAAGCGAAGAAGCCAGAGGAGAGCCAAGACGCACCCAAGAAGACUGAGUAG